AUGAAGAUGCUUCUUAGAAUUGGGAAGUUAAUGAAGAUUCCGUCAACAAACAAUCAUGGAGAAGAAACAUGGAAGCCCGUAGUUCCUACGAUGACACCGUACACAUCUUUUAGUGCAUCUUCAUCAAGUGGAAGCCCUAAUGAAAGAUCAAUAAGGAUGAGAACUAUCCAUGAACUAUACGAGAAUACAGAGUAUAGUAAUCAAUACCUGCAGAUAUGGAACACAAUAGGACAAGAAAGGUUCCAAAGUUUUGACAUUGCUUUUUAUCGAGGGGUUGAUUGUUGUGUUCUCGUCUAUGAUGUUAAUGUGAUUAUGUCCUUUUUGCUUCAGGCUAGCCCACGUGACCCUGAGAACUUUCCAUUUGAGGUCCUAGGUAACAAGGUAGAUGUUGAUGGUGGAAACAACAGGGUGGUAUGUAGAAAAAAAGCAAGGGCAUGGUGCGCUUCUAAGGGUAACAUAUCUUAUUUUGAGACUUCUGCAAAAGAUGGCUUGAAUGUUGAAGCUGCGUUUGAAUGUAUAACUAAAAAUGUACUGAAAAAUGAGAUAAAUUAUGAAGCAUGUACAUUGCUUCAAUGUGUUCUUUAA